CGGGCUGGGUGGGUGGUGGUGGUGGUGGUGGUGGGGAGGCUGGCAGGUGACCACAAGCUAAUAAUGCCGAAAAACAGGGAGAAAUUCAACCCGGACCCGUCCAUCCACAUAUCCAAGAUGAAUGUGAUCAUCCCGUUCUCACCAGAUGUGCCCUGUGACAGCAACGGUCAGCGGAUGUGGUGGGCUUUCCUUGCCUCCUCCAUGGUCACUUUCUUUGGGGGUCUCUUCAUAAUCCUCCUGUGGAGAACUCUCAAAUACCUGUGGACCGUGUGCUGCCACUGUAACGCCAAAAAGAAGGAGGUCCAUCGGAUCACCACAGGAGAUGGCAUCAAACGUGCCGACAAGGAUGACGGGGCGGCCAGUGAGGUGGGCUGGAUGACCUCAGUCAAAGACUGGGCUGGAGUCAUGAUAUCUGCUCAGACGCUGACAGGAAGAGUCCUGGUGGUUCUCGUAUUUGCUCUCAGCAUUGGAGCCCUUGUAAUAUACUUCAUAGAUUCCUCUGAUCCUAUCGAGUCCUGUCAGAACUUCUACAAAGACUUCACAUUGCAGAUUGACAUGGCAUUCAACGUGUUCUUUCUGCUGUACUUCGGCCUCCGUUUUAUUGCCGCCAAUGACAAGCUGUGGUUCUGGCUGGAGGUGAACUCGGUGGUGGACUUCUUCACAGUUCCUCCGGUGUUUGUGUCGGUGUACCUGAACAGGAGCUGGCUUGGCUUGAGGUUUUUAAGGGCCUUAAGGUUGAUACAGUUCUCAGAAAUUUUACAGUUUUUGAAUAUACUAAAGACAAGCAACUCUAUAAAGCUGGUGAACCUGUGUUCAAUCUUCAUAAGCACAUGGCUAACUGCAGCAGGCUUCAUUCAUUUGGUGGAAAACUCAGGGGAUCCCUGGGAAAACUUCCAAAAUUCCCAGGCACUAUCCUACUGGGAAUGUGUCUACUUACUCAUGGUUACUAUGUCCACUGUUGGCUAUGGAGAUGUUUAUGCAAAAACCACCCUGGGCCGCCUGUUUAUGGUCUUCUUCAUCCUUGGUGGUUUGGCCAUGUUUGCUCGCUACGUGCCAGAAAUUGCUGCUCUCAUCCUUAAUCGGAAGAAAUAUGGAGGGAGUUAUAACUCGACCAGAGGCAGAAAGCACAUCGUGGUCUGUGGUCAUAUAACACUUGAGAGUGUGUCCAACUUUCUAAAAGACUUCCUACACAAGGACAGGGAUGAUGUCAAUGUAGAAAUUGUUUUUCUCCAUAAUAUUUCCCCUAAUCUUGAGCUGGAAGCCUUGUUCAAGCGCCACUUCACCCAGGUGGAGUUUUACCAAGGGUCUGUCCUAAACCCACACGACCUGGCCAGAGUCAAGAUUGAAUCAGCUGAUGCCUGUUUGAUCUUAGCCAACAAAUACUGUGCAGACCCUGAUGCUGAGGAUGCAUCCAACAUCAUGAGGGUUAUAUCCAUCAAGAAUUACCAUCCAAAGAUCAGAAUAAUCACUCAGAUGUUGCAGUACCACAAUAAGGCCCACCUUUUAAACAUCCCAAGCUGGAACUGGAAGGAGGGAGAUGAUGCCAUUUGCCUUGCAGAGCUGAAGCUCGGUUUCAUCGCCCAGAGCUGCCUGGCUCAGGGCCUCUCCACCAUGUUGGCCAACCUUUUCUCCAUGAGGUCCUUCAUCAAGAUUGAAGAGGACACGUGGCAAAAGUAUUACCUUGAGGGAGUAGCUAAUGAGAUGUACACAGAGUACCUGUCAAGUGCCUUUGUGGGCUUGUCCUUCCCUGUAAUUUGCGAACUCUGCUAUGUGAAGCUAAAGCUACUACUGAUAGCUAUAGAGUACAAGUCUGAUCAAAGGGAAAGCAGCACCCUGAUAAACCCUGGGAACCAUGUGAAAAUGCAGGAGGGGACCUUGGGCUUCUUCAUAGCCAGUGAUGCCAAAGAAGUAAAGAGGGCGUUGUUUUAUUGUAAAGCCUGCCACGAUGAUAUAACUGAUCCCAAAAGGAUAAAGAAAUGUGGGUGCAAGAAAUCCAAGACGCCCGCCUACAAGAAAAUGAGACUGGCAUGUUGUUUUGAUUGCGGGCGCUCAGAGCGGGGCUGCUCUUGCAUGCCGGUUAAUGUGCGUUGUAACAUGGACUCCCCUCAACGCGACAUCCCACUCUCUGCUGUCUCUGUUAAUGAUUGCUCAGCCACUUUACGUGCCUCUAAAAAUAGCUAUAAUGGAUAUAUCAAAUCAAUUGAAGAGGACCAACAGUCGGCGCUAUCGCCCAAAAAAAAGCAACGUAAUGGAGGCAUGAGGAACUCUCCAAACUCCUCACCCAAGAUAAUGAGACACGACCCGCUCCUCAUCCCCGGGAACGAGCAGAUUGAGAGCAUGGAUGAGAACGUAAAGAAAUACGACUCCACAGGGAUGUUUCACUGGUGCCCGUCCAAAGACAUCGAGAAGGUCAUCUUGACCCGGAGCGAGGCUGCCAUGACCGUUCUGAGUGGUCAUGUGGUCGUGUGCAUCUUUGGAGAUGUGAAAUCGGCGCUGAUUGGUCUCCGGAAUUUUGUCAUGCCCCUGAGAGCAAGCAACUUUCACUACCAUGAGCUGAAGCACAUUGUGUUCGUGGGGUCCCUCGAGUAUCUCAAGCGAGAGUGGGAGACUCUUCACAACUUUCCAAAAGUCUCUAUUCUGCCAGGCACGCCGUUGAGUCGGGCAGAUCUGAGGGCUGUCAACAUCAACCUCUGCGACAUGUGUGUCAUUCUGUCAGCCAAUCAGAACAAUAUUGACGAUGCAUCACUGCAGGACAAAGAAUGCAUCUUGGCGUCACUCAACAUCAAAUCCAUGCAGUUUGACGACAGCAUUGGGGUCUUACAGGCUAAUUCCCAAGGCUUCACACCACCAGGGAUGGAUAGAUCUUCCCCUGAAAACAGCCCAGUCCACGGAUUAGUAAGGCAGACUUCUGUCACAACUGGAGCAAAUAUUCCCAUCAUAACAGAACUAGCACCAUUAGCAAAGCCAGGCAAAAAAGUGCCUGUGAUUUCAUUCAGUCAGGAUAAAAGCAGUGGGACCAGCAUACAAAUGAUAACUGAGCUGGUGAAUGACUCAAAUGUUCAGUUCCUGGACCAAGAUGACGACGACGACCCAGACACAGAGUUAUACCUCACUCAGCCUUUUGCCUGUGGGACAGCCUUCGCAGUCAGUGUGCUGGAUUCCUUAAUGAGUGCUACAUACUUCAAUGAUAAUAUCCUCACCUUGAUCCGGACGCUGGUAACAGGCGGAGCGACCCCAGAGCUGGAGGGGCUGCUGGCGGAGGAGAAUGCAUUGCGGGGCGGCUACAGCACGCCACAGACCCUGGCGAACAGGGACAGGUGUCGCGUGGCACAGCUGGCCUUGUACGACGGGCCCUUUGCCGACCUCGGGGAUGGUGGUUGUUAUGGCGACCUGUUUUGUAAAGCCCUGAAAACAUACAACAUGCUGUGCUUUGGCAUCUAUCGGUUACGAGAUGCACAUCUGAACACGCAAAGCCAGUGUACCAAACGGUAUGUCAUAACCAAUCCACCGUAUGCGUUUGAGCUGGUGCCCUCAGACCUGAUAUUCUGCCUGAUGCAGUUUGACCACAAUGCCGGCCAGUCUCGAACCAGCCUCUCCCACUCUUCCCAUUCGUCCCAUUCCUCCAGCAAAAAGAGCUCCUCCGUCCACUCUAUCCCAACCACCAACCGCACCAACCGCAUCAAAAGCAGGGACUCUCGAGACAAACAAAAUGCAACAAGGAUGAAUAGAGUGGGCCAAGAAAAGACAUGGUUUACAGAUGAGCCAGAGAAUACCCACCUGAGGACCAUACAGAUCAAGCCUGUGAAUACUCUCGCCGUCAACCAAGUCAGUCAGUAUAAAUCCACAAGCAGCUUGAUUCCGCCCAUCAGAGAAGCAGAAGACGAGUGCUGAGCUCCGGACCCUGACGCCGACACCUGGACGCACUGGACUCCCAGAGGACUCCAUCGUGUGUGUGUCAGGCUGGGAUUCGGGAUAUCUCCUUCAUCUGCAAACAUAAAUCAUCAGCCGACAUUAGAUGAGUCAAACACAAACUGCUUUUCCUCAUUCACCUCUGCAGCAGGCUUAUUGUACAAGAAAUCCUACAUGAAAUAUACAUAAAGACAAUCAUAGUCAAGUGUGUCAGCCAUUCAGCCAUUAGUUUGCACAGCUAAUCUUUAGUGGUGACCAGACUCCAUUACUUUUUUGGUUCCAUUUUGGGGAAUGAGGGUCACUUGAAGGAGACAAGUCAUGUAAAAAUGAAUACUACUACUACUACUGCUACUAAAAGAGAUGAUUACUGGAUCAAAUUUUGCAAUUGUAAAAGUUGCCUUUUUAGCUGUCGAUGAACAACUACUACUACUACUACUACUGCAUUUACUUUACCCAGUGUUGCAGAGUUAUUCUGUACAGUAUGUUAACGUGUAUUUUACAUCCAGCUGCGACCCCACCACAAUGGCAUUGUUAGUGACUGACUCUCAGUGAUUCCUUUGCCAUUUGGAGCUAAUUCACAACAUUUGUGACAGUUAUGAUGGCCAGUGUCCAUGUGUAAAUGGCAUUUGGCUCCAGCCUUAUCUCUAUCCAUUUAUAUUUGUCUUAUAUUUGCCUUUUUGAGUCAUUUGUUAUAAAUGUUUUCAUGUCACUUGUUUGGUUGCAAUGUCCAAAAUCCCAGAAAUCUUUCUGACUAUAAGUUGAAGUACCUGCAAAGUCGCUCCAGGGGGAAAACGUUACGGAUAUUCUUUUUUUCUUUUCUUUUUUUUUUCCUGUGGAAAGCCAAAUAUGAUAGAGCUGUUUUGCUGGAAACAUUAUAAUAAAACCAAAAAUCUGUUUUGAAUACAGUGGCAGAGUUAUUCAUUUAUUUAAGUCACCAUAGAAAGCAAAGCCAAAUUCUAUGAUACAGCAUGAUGCCACAUUUUAAGUCUGUAGAUGAGCUGAAUGUGAAAGCCACAUAUCGCAUGAAGUGGGCAUCUUUAAGUCCUCCUUUGGCUGUAAGCACUGCCUGACACAGGAUUGUCUUGGAGACCAUUAAGCUUUUGUAUGUACUCCAUGACCAAUCUUAAUGCCAUAAUCAGACAUGUUCAUGUUUUUUGUAGAUACAUGAAAAAACAGCUCUAUCAUAAGAAGCGGUUUUGGCUAUUUCUAUUCUAUUCUGUUGGGAAACCAUUUUGGUGAUCGAUUAUAUAUUUGUUAUAUCCAUAAAACAAACAGUUCAUACACAUCUGAUGAAGCAUCAAUCAUUUGUCUCAGUUUGUGAGCAUGUGAAUACAGAGCAAAGAAUGGUUAUUAAUCAUGUCUUAUUUGAAUAACAGAGCAAAGCUAUAUUGGCACUGUUGUCACUUUACUUCAGAAUCAAUGAAGGGGAAGAAAAGUAAAAAAAAAAAUAAUAAUAAUAAUAAUAAAUAACACAAGCAAUCCAUAAAAUUCUUCUACUGAGGAUGCGUCACAGUCUAGCCGGGGAUUCACGUUGGAUGUGAAAAGAGAGGAGGUUGUGACAUUUUUACUGGCACAGAGAACAUCCAAGCCACCCAUCCCUCAGUGCCAGUAAUGUGCCAGGCAGUGCUGAGGCCAACGGAGGACUCCAGAAGACCCACUGCUGCGAAAAGAGGCUUCUAGUUUACCUAGAUUCAAGCAAAAAUUUACUUUUUGCUGUGAGACUGAGAAAUGUACCUCCCUCUUUGCUUUCCAUCUUGCCAGCUCAGAAACCAUUCUUCAAGAAAAAAAAAUUAUUUUUGAAGUUCUUAAUAUGAGGCUGUAAUUCCCUGGAGACAAAAAAAAAGAACUGUAGUACAUAAUUUAAAAAGUCUUAAAAUUAUUUUUAAAUGAUCCACCAUCAAUAGCAGAGCCUAAUAGCAAUUCAUUUUGAUGUACUUUUCAAAGAAAUCUGUAAAGCUUAAUGUAAAAUAUUUCUUUCUAGUGUGUUCUUGUUUGCCAGUACCUGUGGGGUUGAGAGACAUUCGGCAUUGCAGUCUAGUUUGUAUUAUUUUGUGCAGGUUUUUUUUUUCUUUUUAGCACAUUGACUUGUGAUCACAAUGACAGUGCUAAGUUGAUAUUUCUGACUAUGUCAUAAUACCCAAUAAUAAAUACAGUUUAUUGUCUUGUACAAAUAGGCUUGUACAUAAAUUGUACAUGAUUUCAUUUUGUAUUUUCACAAAUUAAAAGCUGAUGUAUUGUGUUCUACA